ACAUGCCUUCAGUCUGCAAAAAAUGGCGGCUUUUGCAUAUGUCAGCGCUCUGGUUCUCAUUGGAUUUAUACACGUUAAGAAUUCAGCCGCAGGAGAUUGCAAGGAUUCUUGGGACAUAUCGGCUGAUGAGGAUGGUCGAGUCCGAUGGUCUGGGGUUGACAGAGAUGCAGUCGUGGACGUCCGGCUAGCAGCAGCUGGUGCUUUAUCAUCACAAUGCUCUGAGCUAAAUAAAUUAGGGACUCCGUUUAGUACACGGGAAGUACAUUUCAAGUCAUUUUGCCCGAAUACUGAAUAUCAAGUGAACGUUACUUUAAUAUGUGAUAAGAACAAGAUUUCAUCCAGAGUUACGAAAUUUGGUGACCCAUUUCCAGGUUUAAUACCAGAAAAUGUUCAAGUGAUAAAUACAACCAACACCAGCAUAACCCUCCAGUGGAAAGAACCAACAUCCUUAAUCAAUUCAGAGGUCACUUACUCUGUGGAAUUGGUAGAUACGAGUUCCGAGACAACUUAUGUGCAAAACACGUCUGAUGUCUCUUGUCAUAUCCAGAAUCUCAGGCCGUACACAUUGUACUCAGUUCGAGUUCGAGCUUACACGCAUGGCGUUGAGGGAAACUGGACUGAACCUAUAACAGUUCGAACGGACGUCGGAGUACCGUCUGCUCCUACUAAUGUUAGAAUUUCCUCUGUUACAAACGUAAGCAUAAAUAUCGAAUGGAGUGAGCCACAACCUUUCACCGGACCAAUUCUUUCAUAUUCAAUCAAAAAGACGAACACAGAGACACAAGUUUCCGAAGUUAUUUCUGUUCAGACUACAUCUUACAGCAUUACUGGACUAAGUCCGUAUACCAACUAUUCCGUGAAAGUUCGUGCGUCUACUUCGGUUGGUAAAGGACCUUGGUCAGAUGUCUAUAAUAUUCUCACUAAAGCUGGAACACCGUUCCGAUUGGGUAAAAUAAAAGUACAAAAUACGACUAAUACCAGUAUUUACCUUGAAUGGGAAGCUCCGGAACCUUUCGUUGGACCUGUGAUUUUGUACACUAUCCGAUGGAGCAAGGAACAGAACUCAAAUUGGAAGACUUUUAACGCAACUGAACAGUCUUCUAGUAUAGAAGAUUUGGAGCCAUAUACCUCAUAUUAUAUAGAAAUACGAGCAAAUACUGAAGCAGGCCCAGGACUAUGGUCUUCUGCUUUGGAAGUUAAAACUGAUAUUGGAUAUCCUACUGCUCCAAUCAAUCUCACGGCUACCGAAGUAACUGCAAAAAGUAUAACGCUAUCCUGGCAAGAACCAGAACCUAUGAAUGGACCUUUGCUUGCUUAUUUCAUAAGAUGGGGCUUGCAGAAUGAUAGUUAUGUUAAGUACGGGAAGGUAAAGGAAAAGACGUAUAUGGCUUCCCAGCUGAACCCUUUUACUGAGUAUACAUUUCAAGUGGCUGCGGAAACAGAAGCUGGAUUAGGACAGUGGUCAAGCGAAGUGAAUGUGCGAACCAAAGUUGACAGGCCAAGUCAGCCAAGAAAUCUGACGUAUAGUAACGUUACAAGUACAACCGUCAGCAUUGAAUGGACUGAACCAGAAAAUCCUAAUGGACCUAUCCUGUGGUAUGUAGUUCAGUGGAGCAAAAGUCCAGGAGAACAAAGUGAAAAUAGUACUGAAGUUACUCAUUAUAAAAUCAGUGGCUUAGAUCCAUAUGCAGAGUACACGGUGCGCGUAUAUGCUGAAACUGAAGCGGGAAGGGGACCCGAAUCAGAGGCUUUAGAAAUUCAGACGGAUGUUGGAAUACCGAAUGUUCCUGCAGAUUUACAUCCCGUGGAGGUAACAGCUACAAACCUUACUCUCAUUUGGUCAGCUCCAGUUCCGGUUCCUGGUCCCGUGAUAGAAUAUUCAGUAUCUUGGGGCAUACAAGGUAUCCAAGGAAUAUCUAGAAUCUCAACUAACGACACAAGAUAUAACGCUGUAGGACUGCGCCCUUAUACAAAGUACUUCUUUGAAGUCACAGCUAGAACUGACGCUGGUUCGGGUCCAGCAGCUGAGUUAGUAGAAAGAACAAAAGAAUCAACUCCAAGUCAACCACGUGAUCUAAGGGCUAAAGUAACGCAUUCUAGUAUUCUACUACAAUGGGUUAUACCUGAGCAUCCUAAUGGGCCAACUCUAUUGUAUAUCGUGCGCUGGAAAGAUGGCAACGUCCAGCUAGGGUCGGAGGAAACGAACGGGACUUCGUUCAAAAUUGAGGGAUUAAAAGACUUUACGAACUACUCUCUUCAAGUAUGUGCACAGUCUGUGGCUGGAAGAGGACAGUGGACAAGUAUUUUAUAUGUCCAGACUGCUAAAAAAGAUAAUACUUCUGCAUUAAUUUGGGGUUUAGCAGUAGGACUGUCUGGGUUAUGUGUUAUCCUUAUUGUUAUCGCAAUACUUAUGAUCAGGAAAAAAGGUGGAUUAAAGUCUCCCAUGAUUUCAAAGACCGAACGAGUUCCUAAACCGACCUCUCUGCCAGAAAUAAGGAGACUUGAUCCUCCAGUACCACUUCAAGUCUUGUCUGUAGAAUCAGAACCCGAAACUCCGACUGUAGCUAAUUUCGAGAGUCAUGUGAACACUUUAAUGAGGAAUGGGCGCUUAGGCUUCGCCCGAGAGUUUGAAAAACUGAAUAAGAAUAAUCCUCAACUACCUUGCACAGCUGCUAAAAUGAAUGAAAAUCUGACAAAGAAUCGAUGGGUAAAAAUCUUGCCUUUUGAUCAUUCCAGAGUGAAACUCUUAUCUUUAGGAGAUGAAACAAGAUCAGAUUUUAUCAAUGCUAGUUAUAUACCAGGCGAUUCUUACAUGCUCGAAUAUAUUGCUAGUCAAGGUCCUCUUCCAAAUACUCUGGAUGACUUUUGGACGAUGGUUUGGCAGCAGUCAGUAUCGGUCAUUGUAAUGCUCACCCAGUGUGUAGAGAGAGCCAAAAGGACCUGUGAGAAGUAUUGGCCAUCAUCAGGUGAAAACGGUCGUUAUGGCUAUAUUCAAGUGCACACGCUUUCAGAGUCUAUACUUGAUUCAUACGUCAUACGAAUAUUUCAAAUACAAAACAAUUCCCACAGCAGGCACAUUGUGCAGAUGCAUUUCGUUAACUGGCCUGUUUCCGGUUGUCCGCGAAGUCCAGAUGACUUCCUUAACUUUGUGAGAGCUAUUCGGGAUCGAGUACCAACUUCCAAACCAGGGCCUAUACUUGUCCAUUGCAGUGCCGGUGUAGGCCGCACAGGGACGUACAUUGCUGUUGAUCGCAUCGCACAGCAUCUGCAGCACAGCCAGGACAUAGAUGUCUACGGAACAAUCCUCGAAAUGAGAAAAUACCGAACAAAUAUGGUACAAACAGAGGACCAGUAUAUAUUCAUACAUUCCUGCAUCCAGCAACUCAUUCAGGGUAUGAUUCAACCACAGGAGGAUGUGUACGAAACAGGUAUCUACUCGAACGCAUAAGAUAGUAAAUUUUGUGACAGCUUAAUUCCGCCUUCAUUUUAUUCAUCAUUGAUGGAUCGACAACAGAAGCUGGUCAUUAGAACUCUUAAUUUCAUCUCCUUCAAGUUAACUAACUCUCUUAUAGCUAGAUUCUACUAGCUUCUUCCAAGACCAGCGGUUUUUCCAAGUAGAGAAGAUAAUUUGCAAGAGCAAUAACAAGCAGUUACAAUUUUUUAUUAAUAUUUUGAAUAUUUUCUUGCAAACAACUCUUCUUCAUUAGGGUAUAUUUUAUUUAGUAAUGCCCAAACAUGACAAAUAAGUUGUUUUGUGGUUCUAAAGCAUGACGUUUAUAAAUGCCUAUGAGCUAUUCUGCAUUAUUGUUUGCAUUUCAUUUGAAAAAGAAACUCAAACAAACGAAAAAAAUCGCUAUUUCUAUAAAAAAAAGGGGGGCGACUGGAAUAGAUGUAAAACAAAGUCUUUUCCGGUUACUAUCAUAAUAAUAUCCAACUUCGAGAUUCUUCUUCAUCUGUUUUUUCUUGCAUGUUAAAGAACUGCGACUAGUUGUUACUGUUAGUAAAUUGUUAUUGUACCGAAGAAUAUUGCCAGAACCGUUUAUUCUUGAAAAUAAUUUUAAGUAAACAAGAAAAUCGUCUAAUGUUUGUUUCCUGGACAGUUUUAUUAUGAAUUUUUUCACCUAUUACGGAAUAUAUGGCUUCAAAGUAAAGGAAAAUAAUUUUGUAUUAAGCAAUAAUGUUUAGGUAAAAUAUUGAUUCAACAUAACAAUUUGGACUUAACAUAGUAGAUUUAUAAGAAUUCAUUCAAAAGAAAUAUCAACUAAUAUUCUAUACGCGGGGUACGUUGGCGCCAAACUAUUUUGUCCUUCAAAAUUUGGCGACUUUUUUGGCGGCAAUGGAAGCACUAAGAUUUGAUUUUCAAACGUUAACAGUAUAGUAACUUUUAAGUUUUUCAGUAGUGAAACGCCGUAAUUUUAUGUAAACAGAAUAGUAAAAUGAGAUGAUAAAAUACUAGAUGAGUAAAACAAAGUCCAACAGCUUUGCAAGUAAAAACAUAGUCCUAUGUUAUUCAUCAUUAAAUAGUAGAAUGAACAAUUCUUGUAAAUAAUUAUUGAGUAAAUAAAUAUAUACACUUAUCAGAUCAGAGCACUGCGAAGCGAGUUUUAAACUUGAACAGAAUAACAAAUUUUUGUUUACAGUGGUAAACAGCGAUUAUUAUGUGCAAACAGAAUAGUAAAUGAAAUUGAUUAAAUGAUAAAACAACGUCAUGGAAUUCAACACACUAAACAAUUUUCGUUCUAAACUUUAAAUAUUCCACAUCAUUCGAUUACCACAUGCAAGAAACAAAACUUUAAAAAAAAUAAUAAUUAACGAAAUAAAAUUAAAUGAAAUCAUUGAUAAAUUAUAAACUUCACGUCAUCUGAAAUCCAACAUUCUCCCAUCAACAACAGCUUAAUCUUCUGCAAAUAUAUAUAUAAAUAUAAUAUUAAACAUAUAUAUAUAUAAUAAUAAUAUUAAACAGUAAAACUUUUAAAAACAAACACAAUACUUCAAAAUUAAAUUUUAAAAAAAAUCUUCUGGCUACACUAAAUUCGCAAUUCUAAAUUAAAUAUUCCCACUUUGUUUAAUGUAUGGAGUUUAUUAAAAUCAUUUGAUUUUUUAGCUACACAAUCUAAUUUUUUUAAAACAUACUUUUCAAAUACAGUGAUUCAAAAGAUUUUAAAAAAAUUAAUUUGUUUUUUUAUAAAGGUUAGCCCCUCUAAUAUUGUUUUUUCGUUGCUAUAAAGAAUUCAGAUAUGAAAAAUGCUAAAUGAAUACUUUUUAUCUUAACACUUAUCUCUUGAUCUCAAAACAUGUUUUAAAACAUUUCAAAGCUUUUUUACCAGAAAAUUUAGAAAUCAAUUAAUAAAUAUGUAUAAUAAAUUUUCAAUAAAAAACUAAUGUGUUAGCUAUUUUGAAUCCUCUUAGAUUAGAAAUAUGAAGGAUGGCCUAAGAAAAUGUAGCUCUCUUUGAUAAUAAAAAUGACAAGAUGGGUACGAUUUUUCUGAGGCUAUGUGCUUUGAAGGAAAGGACAAUUUUUCUAAAAUAUUUUAUUUGGCGACAACAAGUCUCCGGAUAGGCAGACAGACAAUGAACAGAAAGAAAGACUGUGUUUGAAUAACCACCUCAUGAAUUUAAAAUGUGAUUUGAAACCAAAAAGCAAGUCUCAUGAUAUAUGUAGGAACAACUUUCAGGAUCAUAUCUUAACUAAAUAAUCUUACUGAUCACAUAUAUUUUUUAAUGUCUACAAUGUUUCCAAAUGCAUAUUGUCUCUUUCAGCAGGACAAUGUGCUUUUCAAUUCUGUGUACUGUAGAUCUCAGAUAGGUUUAAUAACAUAUUUUUAACUAUGAGUUCAUAUUAAUUCUAGAGCCAGCUCAGAUAGGUAGACAGAGUUCCUUGUAGGCAGACAGACGGUUGCACAAAUCUCAAAGAGCGUGGCAGCGGUAUUGAAGGCAUAUUAUAUGUUUUUAUAUUGGCCCACCCUGAUUUAUAACGAUAGUUUAUAAACCUUAAGAAUUAGUCAACUAGUUAAAAAAUAAUGAGAAGAUUGUUGCCUCACAAUUAUUAAAGCCAAUAUUAUGUAUAACAGUUUUGCAGAUUAUUAAGGUUUUCUGAAAAACCUUUGUAAUAUUUGGUAAACAAAUAAGUGUUUAUUGAAUUUUGAGAAUGAUUGUUUAAAAAUUCUACUAUUUUGUUCAGAAAUUAUUCAACCCUAGCAAUGUUUAAGGUGCAAUAUCCUACUCUUUGAAUAAAAUUAAAUUUGCGUUUGAUAUUUACAGCUCAAAUGAUACAUAAGGGAGAUAAUUAUGCCAUACACCUAAACUAAAAUUAGUUUUUAUGUAACUAUAUUAAUUAAAAAAGUUGUGGCUUUUAUCAUAUCUAACGAACAAAGCGAGCGAAUGUAAGUAUUUGAGAGAAUAUUAAGCAGAAGUUGAAAAUAUGUUUUUGUAUUUGUACUUUAUACGUAUUAUACUUGUCUCAGUAAAUAAAAAUGUGCUUUAUUUUUA